GGGACGCUGGCUCUCUGCUCCUGGAGCCUCCUGGAAGCGGCUCUUCCUCCUCCUGCUCUCCCCCCUGGUCUCCAGAGCCCAACCCUAGACCAUGCUGCCUUGAGAUUUUACAGUAUCAUAGGUAGAAAACCUUGGGCGUAGAGAAAUGGACGACGAACCUGAAAGAACCAAACGGUGGGAAGGAGGUUAUGAAAGAACAUGGGAAGUGCUUAAAGAAGAUGAAUCCGGAUCAUUGAAGGCUAGUGUAGAGGAUAUUCUCUACAAAGCUAAGAGAAAACGAAUCUUUGAACAUCAUGGGCAGGUUCGACUCGGGAUGAUGCGCCACCUGUAUGUUGUGGUUGAUGGAUCAAGAACAAUGGAAGACCAAGACUUAAAACCUAACAGGCUGGCUUGUACUUUAAAGUUACUGGAAUAUUUUGUUGAAGAAUACUUUGACCAAAAUCCCAUUAGUCAGGUUGGCAUUAUUGUAACUAAGGGCAAAAGAGCUGAAAAACUCACUGAACUUUCAGGGAAUUCAAGAAAACACACAACUGCUCUGAAAAAAGCUGUGGAUAUGACCUGCCUAGGAGAGCCUUCCCUAUAUAAUGCCUUAAAUUUGGCCAUGCAGACAUUAAAGCAUAUGCCAGGACACACAAGCCGAGAAGUUUUAGUAAUAUUCAGCAGCCUGACGACAUGUGAUCCCUCCAAUAUAUAUGAUCUUAUUAAGUGUUUAAAAGCACUUAAGAUCAGAGUUUCUGUUAUUGGCCUCUCUGCUGAAGUUCGAGUUUGCACUGUACUUGCCCGGGAAACUGGUGGAACUUAUCAUGUCAUUUUAGAUGAAAGUCAUUAUAGAGAACUGUUGAUGCACCAUGUCAGUCCGCCACCUGCAACUUCAGGUUCUGAAAGCUCCCUUAUUCGAAUGGGCUUUCCUCAGCAUACUGUUACAUCUUUGGCUGAUCAGGAUGCAAAACCAUCUUAUAGCAUGGCGCACCUGGAAAAUAGCAAUGACCCAGGUCUUACAUUGGGAGGAUACUUCUGCCCCCAGUGUAGAGCCAAAUAUUGUGAACUUCCUGUGGAAUGCAAAGUUUGUGGUCUUACGUUAGUAUCUGCACCCCAUCUGGCUCGAUCUUACCAUCAUCUUUUUCCUUUGGAUGCCUUUCAGGAGGUCCUUCUGGAAGAGUAUACAGGAGAACGCUAUUGUCAAGGGUGCCAAGGAGAAAUCAAGGAUCAAUAUGUCUACAUUUGUAAAGCUUGCCACAGCUGCUUUUGUGUGGAAUGUGAUAUUUUUGCUCAUGAUACGCUGCACUGCUGUCCAGGUUGCAUUCACAAACAACCUACCGGUACUCCUUCCUCUGUGUGAUGUCAUCCAUUUCAGCAUCACUUCUUGCUACAUUCAUAAGGAUUUAGUAUCCACUUAACUGCUUUGUGAAGGCCUUUGGUGAAGGAGGUUAAAGAUGAGGAAGAGCACCUAGCUAUAUGCUAUGUAAAUAUUAUUUUUACACCCUUUCUGGAAUAAUUGUGCUUGUGCACUGUUACUUGCAUUUAUAACAUGUUUUUGAAGAAUUUAAUUGCCUUUGUAAUUGCCAUUUUGUAUUUCUGAAUACAAAAGGGACAAAAGGGACAUCAACUAGGGAUGUGUACAUAUAUACAAGAUUUGUUUGUGUGUUCACCUACACCCACACAUAGAUAACUUUUUAGAAAGGUUAAGGUUGCAGCAAAGCUACAGCGCUAAGCACAUAAAAGUAAGUUUAACUGAAGUCAGCAGAACAUAUCAUUUGAACCAUAUGUCUUGGAUCAGAAAGGAUGCAGCUUCUGUGGUAAACACUUUGUACCUUAAUUCUCAUAGUAGAGCUGCAUCUCUCUUCUCUUCAGUUUAAGCAGACGUUGACAAUGAUGCCAAGUGAUGUGACAAUAAACAGUUUUACUGUGCAGUAUGUUUGCCUGUAAGAAUCAUAACAGGUUUAAGACGGAAGAUAAUUUUUUUAAGUUAAAUUGGUUUUUGGUUCAUUAGGUAAAUGAUGGGACUGUACCAUACAAAGUAUAUUAUUAUUACAGCACUAUACAUACAAUCUUUUAAUUAGACGGUUCCCUGCCCUCAGGCUUACAAUCUAAGAAGACAUGACACAAAAGAGGAAGGGAGUGGAGGAUGGAACCAGAUGCCUUCUGGGAAGGGCUCAGUUCCUUUGGGGAGGCUUGAUGGGAUUGGCCUACCUUCUCUUUCCCUCAGAAGCCAGAAUGGAGCCGGAUGCCUUCUGGGAGGACUCGGUUCCUUUGAGGAGGCCUGAUGGGAUUGGCCCACCCCUCUCUCCCUCAGAAGCUCUGUCUUUUGUGGUGUAAUGAAUUUUCUUAUUAAAAAUGCAAAAAGAAAUAUCUUGCAAUCAAAAUCAGUAGGAUCAUGGAAUACUGUAUGGGACUUCACUGUGUAGGGCAUUCCAAAAAGUGUUCUAAGAUGCAUCUUUUAACAAGAAACUAAGGCAUCAUUUAUUUGAGAGAAAAGCCUGGUUCUCACAUCUCAGUCAUAUUUUAGGAGUUGGAUGAAAUGUUACUUCUAUAUAUGUGUUACAUAUAUCCUAAUGGAGAGACUAAGAAGACCUGAUUACUUAUCUUGGUUCUCAUUUUUUUAAUAAAAUGCAUGCUGUUAUCUA